AUGGCGUCGUCCCAGGACUCAGAAGAACCCUUAGCGACCGCCGCCUGCGAAAACUGUCGCACCCGGAAGGUGCGGUGCGACAGGCAGACCCCGCAGUGUUCUAACUGCGAGAAGGCCGGCGUCCCGUGUGAGUUCCCUAACCGGGGGAAGCGGAUCAACCAUGUCAAGCAGCUUGUCGAGGAUGUCUCGAGUCUGGGCUCCCGGCUCGACUCGAUCGAUGAAACCAUUGGGGCGCUGUUUCAACACAUGUCGACCCUGCAGACUGCAUCCUUCGCAGCCUCUAACUCCUCUCGAGCAAGCGCCAUCGGGAUGCCGGAAACCCCUUCAAACUCGGAUCUCGAAGACAUGGAGUCGAUCUUCUACGCCAGUCCGGGCGCUAUUCGGAGUGGGAACAAUGUCACGGUUGCGGGAUCGUCGCACAUUGGAACGGGACCUGGCCUUUCCUUGGGACAUAUCGGGGCACGGUCCUUAUUUGAGAAUUCGAGACAGUCGUUGGCCACGUUGCUCGAAGGCUUCAAGUACGCCUCGACCCGCGAUUUCGAUACGUGCAAAGGAGAGAAAGAAGGGUUGCGGGCAUCUCCUAGAGCAAGCCUUCUUGAAUCCGAGUUACGGGCCAAGUAUGAUCAGUACCCUAUCGCCCAAGGUGCGUAUUCCCCAUCCGUCCCUACGAAUGAGGGACAAGCAGUGGCCUCGCCGCCUCAAUCUCUCCUGGAAACAUGUCUUCCUGUCUUUCUGGAGUACUUUAAUUCCACCCUGCCCAUUUUCAACGAAUCUCGAUUGAAUGAGGUCAUCAAAGCCUAUUAUACCGACCGGGCUUCUAGGGCCAAUGAACUAUACAAUUUAUGCUUCAACAAUAUCAUUGUCUUAGCUCUAGGCUUACAAUCCCGGGUCGCACGCAUGGACCAGGUUUUGCCUAAGGGCAUGAGUGACGAGUUACUCCCCGCCUUUCUCAAUAACUCUUUCCGAGCCUUCCAGCAUCUCAGUACAUAUCUACAUCCCGGUCUUGUCUGCUGUCAGGCGUUGGCAACUCUUGCCCUAGUCGCUCGGGAAUACCAUGAGAGUAGGGUAUUUGAUACCGUCUGCCACAUGGCCUCCCAAGCGGUAAAAUCUAUGGGAUUGCAGCAGUGCAACCUAGCGGGGGGCAAUAAAAAUAGCAUCUUAGAUAUAGAGGAGAAUGAGCGACGAAACUUGUACUGGGCAGUCUUCGUAAUAGACAAGCAGCGAACGUACAUCGCUGGUCGACCAUUUGACCUCCACUUCUAUGACUCUGACGUGCAGCUGUUCCAGUCUAUUGCGACACAGACUGUGACACAACAAUGUUGGAAGGCUUAUAUUCAUAUGAUGGCCAUCUGGGAGGAAAUUUAUAUUUAUCUCUAUUCCCUGCGGGCCUUCCGCAAAGGUCUCUCCUAUCGGCAGAGUCAGAUCUCCAAGCUCGACUGUCUCUCUCGAAAAUGGUAUGCUCACAACGCAGCUCUCUUGUCGAAUGCUUGUCCCGUCGAGAUUUCGGCCGUGGAAGGCUGGCAGAUCGAACUAAAAUAUGCGUUUCAUAUUGGACAAGUCCUCAUACAUCGGUUCUCGAGCGAGGAAUGUAGUCGACAAGUGGCGCUGGCCAACUCCCGCGCGACUCUACGCAUUAUUCAGAUGAGUAUCCAUGGGCUGUUCACGUCCUUUCUUGCCAAUCCGAUUCCAGAAGCGCUAGACGACUUGGGUUUGAUUGACAGUGUAGCUGAAGCUCUCGAUGCUAUAUGUAACCCUAAUACACCCACGGCGUGUAUACUCCGAGUGAACGAGGGCGUUCAGUGGUAUAGGGAAGUGGCCAAAAUCUUUCAGAAAUAUUUUGAGGGCCUACGGCCCCAGUCACCAGAAUCCACUCAAACCCAACCUCCUAAACGCUCCCAUGAGACAUCCCCUCUGGUAUCCCAGGCCCAUCCUGGCAGCGCGCCAUCGGAGAGCUCGGUGCAGAAACGAAGGAAGACCCCUCAGAGCCUAGAAGAUGCCGGCCAAUUGCCCCAGCCUGAAACAUCCGCGCUCUCAUCCUGGGUGGUCCCAGAGAUGGAGGAUUCCAUGACAUUUGACAGUCUUCAAGCAGCACCGGUAAUGGCUAACGGGUGUUUCCUCCACCGUCUCCCACCUGUCGAAGACAACAGCAACCGGAGCAGCGGACGGGGUAGUAGCAGCGGGAUCCUGCCGCCUACCACCACUGCUACCCUCCGACUCUCCGACAAACUGGCGCAAUUUCUCCAGGAUAAUGCGUCUCCGCUCUCGGCCGGUCUACCACAAUCUCAACCAAUAACUUCUCCAUCGAUGGGUGACAGAAUCGCGCCCACAGCAUCCAUACCACCUUCUUCCCUAGGCUUGUUCUCCGAUACUACGCCUCAAGUCACGGAUGAUGGGCCAGAUGGUGGGAUUUUUCCUUUCUUCCUAGGACAAAGUGACCUAUCAGAUUCAUGGGGAGAGAUGCGCGACCGUACUGUGCCGGAUGAGUUUUUCCUUCAUGCUUAG